CGCCCAGAGAGUAGUAGUCAUUCACAGUACACUGUGCUAACCAAAUAAACCUAUCAAAAUGGCAGCUAAGUUCGUCGUUGUUGCUCUCCUGGUGGCGGCCGCUCACGGCAGCGCGAUCCACGGCGCCGACUACACCAGCUUCUCGUACGGCGUGUCCGACCCGCACACCGGCGACGUCAAGAGCCAGCACGAGACCCGCGUCGGCGACAGCGUCCGCGGCCAGUACUCGCUGCUGGAGUCCGACGGCACGAAGCGCACCGUAGACUACGCCGCUGACGCGCACAGCGGCUUCAACGCCGUCGUCCGCAAGGACCCCGCUCUGGUCGCGCACGCCGCCUACGCCGCGCCCGUGGCCCACGCCGCGUACGCCGCGCCCGUCGCCCACGCCGCUCCCGUCGCCUACGCCGCGCCCGUGGCUCACGCUCCCGUCGCGUACGCCGCGCACGCCGCCGCUCCCGUCGCCGUCUCUGCCUACUCCACCUCCCUCGCCCACGGCGCGCCCCUCGCCCACGCCGCGCCCCUCGCCUACGCCGCUCCCCUGGCGCACGGUGUUUAG